AUGGCUGAUCUUCGCUCGUCAACGCCGCGUGUCUUCCCGACUCAUAUCGGCGAGAUUUUGAAUCACCGGUACCAGAUAGUGGGCAAGUUAGGAUAUGGAUCUAGUGCGACGGUGUGGCUUUGUCGAGAUCUAAGAAUGCACACUUGCUUGGUGCAUCUGUCUUUGGGGAAUAGUCUUGACCAGCUCACCCUACUACUCCCGGGUCAAGUCAUGACCAGUGCUAUGGUGAGGACAACCAUGCGGAAUAUCCUGGCCGCUCUAGACUUCCUCCACACGAAGGCAGGAGUUAUAACUAACAUUGUAGACCUACAACCAAAUAAUAUACUACUUGGUAUCAAGGACGACUCGAUCUUAUUAAAUUUCGAGCAGGCCGAAUUCGAUGCGCCGACCCCCCGAAAGACACUCGAGGAUCGUACUAUUUACGUCACACGGCCCCUCCCCAUCUCGCCUGGGACGCCCGUUCUCUGCGAUUUAGGCGAGGCUCGAGUGAGAAUUGCCCAGCAACGGGUCGUCCUGGAUAUGAAUUGGGACUAUAAGGUCGAUAUCUGGAAGGUUGGAAUGGUGAUCUGGGACCUGAUGGAGCGUCACCACCUUUUCAAGGCUCGAAGCCCUGAUCACAGAUUAGAUGACGGCGUGCAUCUCGGCGAGAUGCACGCGCUCUUAGGGUGUCCUCCCCGCGAAUUCCUCUCCCGAAGCGAGAAGAGUCUGCAAUAUUGGCAUGAAAAUGGCCAAUGGAAUGGCGCAGCUCCUCUCCCUGAUUAUAACCUCGAAUCCUGGGAAGAAAAUCUCCACGGUGAUGAACAGUCGGACUUCUCCGACGGGCCCUAUGUUGGCUGCCUGAAGAACGGGCCACCGCCAAAGAGCUUCUCUUUGAUCCUUGGAUGA